UCCUGUGAUGCCAGCUGCUGUCCUGUGAACUUUGUCUUUUUUUUCUUUUUGCUUGAUAUCUAAUUAAUGAGAACCCCAUGGGUAUCGAGAAAUAAAACAGAAAAUUGAAUAUUCUCUGUGCUAGCUUUUCUGUGUCUGGUAGAAAAGAGAAUAAGAGAGACUUAUCCUUGCAUUGAGAGGACUCCAUUUAUUCACCUGAAGUUAUCUGCUGAUUUCAUCCUGGCAUCCAAGAUGGAUCUCAAGUGUGCGCUGGAAGAAUGUUCAAUGGCACUGAACUUAUUUCUAAGUAAUAAAUUUUCUGAAGCCCUGGAAUUACUUCGGCCAUGGUCUAAAAACAGCAUGUACCAUGCCCUUGGCUAUAGCACUAUUUUAGUUAUGCAGGCUGCUAUGACCUUCGAGCACCAGGAUAUCCAAAUGGGGAUUUCUACAAUGAAGGAAGCUUUACACACCUGCCAAAGAUUCAGGAAAAGAAGCACAGUGGUAGAGUCUUUGUCUAGUCUGGUUUCUAAACAGUCAAUGGAUCAGCUGAGUGAAGAGGAAAUGCAUGCAGAAAUCUGUUAUGCUGAAUGUUUGCUACAGAAAGCAGCACUCACAUUUGUACAGGAUGAAAAUAUGAUCAACUUUAUCAAAGGUGGCCUCAAAAUUAGGACAAGUUACCAAAUAUACAAAGAAUGCCAUCAGGUGCUACAGAUGACUCAGGGCAACAAAAAUAAGAAUGAAACCUUCCAUCAGUUUGAAGGAGGAGUAAAACUUGGAAUAGGAGCAUUCAAUUUGAUGCUGUCCCUUUUACCAGGAAGGAUUCUUCGACUUCUAGAAUUUAUUGGUUUUUCUGGCAAUAGGAAAUUGGGCCUCCAUCAGCUGCAGGAAGGUGCUUCUAGUAGCAGUUUGAGGGCCAUACUGUGUACUUUUACCCUGCUGGUAUAUCAUACUUACGUCUCUUUAAUCCUUGGUAUAGGGGAAGCCAAUCUUCAGGAAGCAGAGACUCUUCUUGAACCCUACCUCCAGAAGUUUCCAAAUGGUUCCAUCAUUUUGUUUUAUGAUGCCAGAAUAGAUAUACUGAAAGGAAAUUUUGAAAAGGCACAGUCAAAAUUCCAAGAAUGCAUUGCUGCUCAGCAAGAGUGGAAACAGAUUCAUCAUCUCUGUUAUUGGGAACUGAUGUGGUGCUAUUCAUUCCAGCAGAACUGGCUUCAAGCAUAUCGAUAUGCAGACCUGCUCUGCAAAGAGAGCAGGUGGUCUAAGGCAAUAUAUGUAUUCCAGAAAGCUGCAAUUUUGUGUAUGCUUCCAGAUGAGGAUGUGAAAACAACUGGAGAAGAUAUUGUGUCUUUGUUCAGACAAGUGGAUGGUCUAAGACAAAGAAUUGCAGGAAAAUCUAUCCCAACAGAAAAGUUAGCAGUGAGGAAAGCUCGACGGUAUAAUGGUGCUCAGCCAGUGAAGCUUAUACUACCUGCCCUGGAAAUGAUGUACGUCUGGAAUGGAUUUGCAAUCGUAGGCAAAAGGGCUGACCUCACAGAAAGUUUACUGAUAACAAUUGAGAAAGAAGAAACUGCUUUACAGAAUCAAACUAGUCGCACUGAAUAUUUUAUAGAUGACUUGUGCUUGCUGCAGUUACUAAAAGGCCUUUGUUUGAAACACCUAGGAAGACUCUUGCAAGCUGAGCUGUGUUUUAAUCAAGUUAUCCAAAGAGAGAAGCAGAUAAAAUAUGAUAACUAUUUGGUGCCAUUCACUCUGUAUGAGUUGGGACUUCUAUACAAACAGCAGGACCAGAGAGAGAGAGCAAUAAGAUAUAUAGAAACUGCAAAAAACAACUACAAGGAAUACUCCAUGGAGUCCAGGUUACACUUCAGGAUUCAUGCAGCACUUGACAGCCUGAAAAUGACUCCAGCUUCUACGCCUUGACUUAGCUGAAGGGUGAUCUUUUUCCAUGAAUUCAAGUGUCUAUGUGAUCUUGGUUGAAUGUUUUUAAAAAAAAUCAUGUAAAUGACAGAAUGAAAAAGAAACAACUAAUUAUUAUAUUUUCUAUCAUCUGUGA